AUGCAGGCCCAUUGCUUCACCGCUCCCAUCCAGCACAUUGAGCGUAUUUUCCGAGGUGAGGAUCAGCUACGGAUCCGCUGAGUCAAACUGCGAUAGCACAAAUAUCAGCACCAGCAAUAUAUUCAUAGGGCACCAAGGCAAAAGAUUACAUAGUGUCCUUAACUUCACCAGCUCACCGAAAGAAGAGCGUCUAACGUUGGCUUUACACAAACAGCUGCGCUGAAAGUCAGCCAUCGAGUACGAUUCUCAGGCUGAGGUGGAGGUGAGGGAGCACGUGGUGGACAUCUCAGGUGGUGAGAGGAACGUGAUGACGGCAUGGUCGACGGCGGAGAAGAUCAACAUGGAGAAACACCCAUGCAGGGAAGACUGAGUACCCAGCAGCCCAGCGGGGAGUCAGAGGAGGGAGGCAGCUCAGAGAGCGAGUCAGUGCCACCAAGCCUCACCGGCAGCUCUGUCGCUCUCCAUGCCUGGACCGGCCCAGCUUCUCCCAGAGCAGCACUCUACCGGAGCUCAGCCCCGACGACACCAAGGCCGCCGCAGUGCUCAAACAUGCCAGCGACAAGGAGUACCAAACCAAGACGGAGUUUGCCUUGAAGCUGAAGCUGGGAUACUCAGGUGAACAGGUGGAGACAGUGCUGAACAAGUUAGGGGCUGCUGCCCUCAUCAAUGACAUUCUGGCGGAGCUUGUAAGGCUUGGUAAUAAAGGAGAACCGGAAGUUCAAGCCAGCGUUAACACCGGCACGUUGGUCUCCCGUGGAGGCCUCUGUGUCAAAGAGGCUGUCAGUCCGGAGGGUGUCACUGGAAGAUGA